AUGGCUAUAGCUGCAGUUCCCGAGGCGGAAACCCGGCUGUGUGGCAACUGCAAAAAGGAUAUUCCUGUUGCUAAUUUCAUCGUGCAUGAAAUCCACUGUCGCAGAAAUAUCGAAAUAUGUUGCUUCUGCAGUGAAUCAGUCCCAAAGUCUGAAAUGAAGAACCAUAUUGAGUCUGAACAUGUGCAGGUUACCUGCAAGUGUCAGGUGAAGAUAGAAAAAAAUCUCUUGAAGGAUCAUGAGGCGUCAGCGUGCCCUCUGCGUCCUGCUGUCUGCCAGUACUGUGACAUACAGCUCCCUUUCAACAAGCUCCAGGACCAUGAAAUUUACUGCGGUGCGAGGACUGAGACAUGCAGGGGGUGCGGUCGUAACAUCAUGGUGAAAGAUCUAAAAGAGCAUCCUCAAGUCUGUGGGCAAGAGGUGAAGCAAGUCAGAGGAAGCAGAACAGUGCCUCGCUAUGAGGAUGCAGAUUUGCGUGCCACGCGAGACAUCAGAAACUGGCUAAGAUCAGGUAACUAUGCUGGGCCUUUGUGGGAAUCCUAGAAAGUGCCUCGCUAUGAGGAUGCAGAUUUGCUCCUAGAAAAGCAGAUUUAUAGCAGCUGCUUAGGAGACAAAACCCUUAAGGACAUUAGCAGAAGGAAUGUUUGAGCAGCACAAAGAAAGCAAAAGUGAGAGGAUGAACUGGAGCAGUUGGAGAGAAAUGAAAACACUCAUUCUUCACUUUAUGAAGAGUGGAACACCAAUUUAGACUACGUGUUGGCUCUUAGCCUGCAAAAUGAGAAUAAUCCUCACAAUAAUGCUGCAGCUGAAAUUCCCAGUGACUUCUGGGAAGACUACUACACCAAAGAGUCUGUGCCAUCGGCCUGUCUUAACGAAACAGACAAGUCAGAUAUCUUCUCCUGUGACUCUUUAGUGUCUUUCAGCACGUCAAACCACAUAAAAAAUGACGAGAUCAUCAUGUUGCCAUGUGAAUUUGUGAGGAGCUCUACCCUGCCGAAGAUCUGA